GAAUUAUAAUUUGCUCCAUUCAAAUUAGAAAUAUCUGAAGAUGCCAUAGAAGAAAUCUCUAAAUUCCUGCAUUCGUGUGGCUGAAGAAUUUGCAACGAGAUGACCAACAUGGAGAAACGAAUAAAUGAAAAAAAAAAAUUGGUUUUCGAAGAGAUGGGAUCCAGGAAGAAACUGGAUGAGGAAUUAAAUUCAAAGCGACAGGUUCAAGGUCCAAAGUGAUGAUGUACCGCAACGUUGAUACUCACGUCUGUUAGCAGGCCAACGAUAAUUCUUUCGUACCUAGUAUAAAAUACGAACGAACCGUUAUUGUUAGUCAGAGUUGAAAAGACGUUGCUAAAGUUUUCAUCAGAAGAAAAUAUAUAUAUAUAAGAAACGUUAAAAAAGAUCCAGGAAGAUUUCGUAAUAACAAUGAAGCAACAUUACAAAGGGGUGAUCAUGUUGCAAUUUGCUUUUUGCUUAAUGUUAAUCUUUCACGGAAAGGAUUCGAUAGGGAAACCUUUGACCCCUGACGACGUGGAAGGUUUGCUUCCACCGGAUCCACGCGACAAGAACGAAACGUUAGCAGCCGUUGUCCAGGAUCCGGUUGUCCAAGACGCCGUUCAUCAUACGGUCAGCAAUGGAUCCUUGAACGGAUUGGUGAUCAAAAAGCACGUUUUCAUAAUGCCGGCUACCAAUCCCAAUUUGAUACUUUCCAAACGUGAACAUCUUCUGGUCGUUCCUACCGAGAACUUGCAAGAUGUAAAAAAGAAUAUUACCGAGGCCAAAGAAGCAGAGACACAAACUCAAGAAUCUUUGCCAGAAAAUGACGGAUUCUUAGAGGACGAUGAGAGUCAAUACUUAUUAGAGGGAGACGAAAACGACGUGAAAGAGAGUAAAGAUGCAAGCGUGAACCACCAAUCGUCGAAUGAGAAACGCAAAAGCGAGACCGAGUUCUUGAGAAACAAGCUUACACGGGAGAUUUCGUUGGCCCAAGAUUCUUCCUCGAAGAAAGUGGCCGUCCCUAUUGUCGCGGUCAUUGAUCCCUCGAACGCUGAAAAGGGCCAAGUGAAAAGUCCGAUCGUGGCCGUUUUGCCUCAUCACGUGAAAAGUGACGGGUUGAACGGCCAAAUUCAAUUCCUGAAGGAUAACGGGGAAAAGAUUCGGGAACAGGCUCAAGAUUACAUCGAUCAGAGCUCGUUGACGAUUACUCCCAAUUACUGGAAAUUUUCGACGCCAUCCGAGAUCGCUCCAUCGCCGAUAUACAGCAACGAUCCAGCAAUGAUUUCGUCUUACGCGGAUCGAGGAGCUUCGAGUCCGAGCUCGGCCACGAACGAAAUGUUUUUGACGCCGUUAAUCAUGUCAUCGCAGUGGGGAAUGCUCGCGCCAUCUGUGCAGGGCGAUCGAAUUACGGAUUACGCAGGAGAAACAGGUGACAUGGACGUAGCUGAAGAUAUUAUAUUUAGACCUCUGUUUAGAUACCGACAGGAAACGCAGCAGCGGUCUAAAUACUAUGACGAAAGCAAUCGGCGAUAUAGUUACACACCGUAUCGAAACUAUGACAACUAUUAUCCGAGACGCUCUUUUUACAGACCUCAGUACAACGAUUAUUAACGGCGUGGAUUGAGAAGAGAGAAAACUUGUGACUUGUGUUUGGAAAUCCGUUGAGAGAGAAAAAGAAAAAAAAAAAAGAAGAAGAAAUUCUGGUGUGCAAACAUGCGUUUCAUUGCGUGAUUUCUUAUACACGAUUGUUAUUCUGCUUCUGAAUCGAUGAUAAAUAAAAUUUUUUUGCUUCGAUGUAA